CCCCCAUACUUUCUCGUGGAGCCGUCCGGCUGGACCCAAUGCAUGACCUUUAAUCUCCAAACAUCACUAUAAUAGCGGCUUGUCCUUUCUGGCAACGAUAUAACUAGCGCUCUGCUCUGGAUUUAUAUCUCAGACGCGCUUUCUACACUUGCUAUCAGGGCGACAUUGGCUUCAAUGACAUAACGCUGACAGGAUGGCUGACUCAGUUGAUCGUGUGUUUGUGCACGCCCUCAACACCGUCAAGAAAAUCCCACGUACCGGUUCUGCUCGGCCGCCACCGGCCGACCGCCUACGCCUCUAUGGAUUAUACAAACAAGCUAUGGAGGGGGAUGUGGAUGGCGUGAUGGAUAGGCCGGGUGGUGGGGGAUAUACGAAAGAUGAGGACACAAUAAGGGAGCAGGAGAAGUGGGAUGCUUGGGAUGCACAAAAGGGUGUUAGCCGGACGGAGGCUAAGAGAAGGUAUAUCGAAGCAUUGAUCGAGACUAUGCACCGUUAUGCGAGUACGACUUCGGACUCGAGGGAGCUAGUUGCCGAACUAGAGUUCGUCUGGGACCAAAUUAAACAUAACAGCGCGAGCUCGUCAAAUUCGUCACCACCCCGCGGAGGGUCGGGACGUAGAUUUACGGCGCCCAUGUCAGGCAGCGAGGGCCCGAUGAAAGUGCUAAGCCCUAUGUCCCAGGACGAUGAGGCGGACAGGGAACACGUACGGCGACUUGUUGAGGGGGAGGAUGGGUCGGACGAGGACAUCCAGGAUGCAGACAAGGCGAAGGGGACGCCCUGGAGGACGAAGGUUGAGUCGACGUUAGUGAAGAUGACUGCCGAGGUAGCAGCGCUGCGGGAGCAGAUUGCUUCGGGGAGGGAGUGGAGGGACAAGAGGCGACGCACGAUUGGCGCCUGGCUGGGCUGGCUGCUAUUUGCUGCAUUAAAGCAGGUGGCCUUCGAUGCGUUCUUCCUGAUGCUGGUACUCAUUUGGAUGCGGAAGAAGAAGGAUCGCCGACUCGAGGAUCUGGUGCGGGAGUUUCUCAGACAGGGGAGAGCUUACAUACGGCAAUUCUUACCGCCUCGCUGAACCCAGUCCGAUUACAUCAGCUGCUGAUAAUAACAUUCACGGCUACGGCAGUUGUCAUCACAGUUGUCACGGCAGUUCUAACCCCCGAAUCGCCACAAACUCUCCAUUGUAUAUCACUAUAUACCAAAUCCAACACCAAGAAAUUUAAACACGUCGCACUCUCAACCACAUUUUCAAGCUUAUGACUUCACGAGAUUGGGAAUCCACGCGGUCUUGCGCUCGGGGAACAGCUCACCCGUCGCCUGCCUUUCCCCCACCCAAGUCAGAUCAUCUAUGAUGCCCGUCUUCACGAUCUUCCCUCCCGGAAAGAAGUCACCGCUACGCCACAGCGUCGUGCCGCAAUCGCCGCAGAAGUGCGACGUGAUGACGCCCCCAGAGUCGCCUUUCUUAGUGAACUCCUUAGGAGUACCUAGAGACGUCAGUGUGGGAAAAGAGAGGAGCAGGGAAGGGGGCGAGGCUAGGUACCGGAGACGAGAGUGAAGUCCUUGUCAAGUACUAAUGCGUUGUGGCUAAACACCGAACCCGAGGUCUUGUGGCAAUCGAGGCAGUGGCAGAGGACCUAGUAUGCUGUUAGAUACUACGUUCAUGUUCACGGCGAUUUGUAGGACAUGCGUUCUUCACAGGCUCGCCGGUGACGGUGACCUUGAUGUUGCCGCAACAGCAGCUUCCUGUUUGAGUAGACAUGGUAGAUGGUUCGUUUAGUAGAGUGUAUGUAUGCUGUAUUAUAAGGGUAGAUCCUAUAGAGAAAGCUUAUAUAGACGAUGGGGUUUUCUGCUCGUAUAUAUAGCAAUAGAAAAAUAAAUUACAU